GCGACGGUCGAUCAAUGAGGAAUAAGAAUGUUGACCAGCAUCACCGAGGGGCUUCUGUGUUGCCUGAUGGGCAAAACCUCUAACGCUGUUGGGCCUCUGGAAAGCAUUGAGUCCAGUGAUGGCUACAGCUUUGUGGAAGUGAAGCCUGGGCGGGUCCUGCGGGUCAAGCACCUCGCUCCGGUUCAGCCUGCGGGGACAGAGGAAGCAUCCCCACAAUCCGGAGCCGUACACUGCAAACGCCGGAUCACGGUCUACCGUAAUGGACAGAUGGUCAUCGAGAAUCUAGGCGAUGCUGUGCGCUCGGACAUCCUCCACUGCCAGAACGGCUCUGAACCCAACAGCACUGUGGAAGUGGAAGUCUCGGAAACAAAUGGCACAGCAACGCCCUCCGCCACCCCCUCUGCCACCGCUGCCAAACGCCGCCGGCGCAAGCCAAAGAAGAUAAUCAACAUUGACUGCACCAAGUACAUUACCAGCUGCAAAGGGACCCAUGGUGAUGUGGUCCUUUUUUUCAUCCACGGCGUGGGAGGCUCUUUGGACAUCUGGAAGGAGCAGCUGGACUUCUUCUCCAAGCUGGGCUACGAGGUCGUGGCCCCAGACCUUGCGGGCCAUGGCUCCAGCUCAGCCCCCCAGAUUGCUGCUGCCUACACGUUCUAUGCCCUGGCCGAAGACAUACGCAGUGUGUUCAAGCGUUAUGCCAAGAAGAGAAACAUCCUCAUAGGACACUCGUAUGGGGUCUCCUUUUGUACCUUCCUAGCCCACGAGUACCCAGACCUGGUUCACAAGGUCAUCAUGAUCAAUGGUGGGGGGCCAACAGCUCUGGAGCCCAGUCUCUGCUCCAUCUUCAACAUGCCCACCUGUGUCCUCCGCUGCCUCACGCCUUGUCUGGCCUGGAGCUUUCUCAAGGCUGGCUUUGCUCGCCAAGGUGCCAAGGAGAAGCAGUUGCUGAAGGAAGGGCAUGCCUUCAACGUCUCAUCUUUUGUACUGAGAGCCAUGAUGAGUGGGCAGUACUGGCCGGAGGGAGAUGAGGUCUACCACGCAGAGCUAACAGUGCCGGUGCUGCUGGUGCAUGGAAUGCAUGACAAGUUUGUUCCCAUUGAGGAGGACCAGCGUAUGGCUGAGAUCCUCUUGGUGGCGUUCCUGAAGGUGAUCGACGAGGGCAGCCACAUGGUCAUGAUGGAAUGUCCAGAGACAGUCAACACGCUCUUGCAUGAAUUCCUGCUUUGGGAACCAGAAGAGAUUCCAGCAGGGGAUGGGACAGAAGCAGAGAAGAAAUAAAAGGCCAUGCGGAGCACACACAAGAGAGACCUGCUUCCCUUGAUGCUUCCCCAGAAGGAGGGGUUUUCCUGAUGGGAGUCAGUAGCGGCAGAAGGCUUUUCUGUGGGGAGAAGCCCACCCCACCUCAGGGGAAAGCUGCUGACUACGAGCAGGGUGGAUGGAGCAGAGGCUGAGCGCUG